CACCAGGUUAGCUUAGCGUCCUGGUUUCAUAUUAUCGCCAUGGCUUUCGGUCACAGCAUGAAUCCGGGUGGCAGCUCAGCCUUUUCAGUUUAUCAGAAGCUGCUCGUUUUAGUGUCCUUGCUGGCGUUUGUCGGCGCCUCUAGUGACUCGGCUAAAACAGUGGAGUUUAACGUGAAGCCGGGAGGCGUGGUGCACACUUUCUCUGAGAAAUUAAAAGACUAUGAAUGCAUCUUCACCUAUGCUUCGCAAGGAGGUACCAACGAGCAGUGGCAGAUGAGUGUGGGUCUGAGUGAUGAUGACAAGCUCUUCUCCUGCUCCGUAUGGAGGCCCCAAGGGAAAUCCUACUUGUUUUUCACGCAGUUCAAAGCAGAGAUUAAAGGAGCUAAGAUUGAGUACGCCAGUGCAUAUUCCCAGGCGGCUGUUGGAGGUCAAAAGGAUGUUGCUCUGAAGAAUGAGGAGUACACAGUAGGUGACUCUACAGUGACCCAUAACGAUGGUAAAUUCCACGCCGAACUCUCAAAGCUGACCAUCAUUGGACGGACGCGCCAUGACGAGCUCUGAUCCGUCUGGCUCGGAGAUGCCCACCCUAACACACAGUGGGGGGGGGGGGGGGGGUAAAGAGGAUGGAUGAGUCUCCAGAAAGUUCUUAAAGCUCCAUCACCAAACUGUCUUCUAUGACAUCUGAGCAAUGGAAACGAAAGAGAUGAACGGACAACGAAUCAGAGACUUCUUAUCAGAGACUUGUAUCCAUAGAAAUUGCUUUACGUCUCCUGGAAUAAACAUGAUUGACAGGGUUAAAGGAGCCCAGAAAAGAGACCUGGAUAGCCGUCUAAGAAUACUUUCGUUUGGGGUACUUUCUGUACAUUAAAGGGCUCAUAUCAUAAAUUUUUUUUCUUUUGUAUUUUGGUAACUUGUGUCUUUUUGUGUGCCAAAAAUGCCCAUAAUUCAUUUUUACAUGACCAUUUCCCACCUAUUCUUUACAGGACAGCCUGUUUUUUUUGUUACUGCGCCUUUAAAACAGAUUUCAGGUAGAUGAGCUUUGUUCUGAUUGGCUGUCCUGUAUUGGGCCUCAUUCAAAAAGCACUCAUUGUGAAUGGGCGGGCGGAACUGUGAACUGUUGCAGGCCGAAUAGGUGGAUGUAUGUAAACGAGCUGGUUUUUAUGACAUCACGGAUGCAGUUCGUUCAGAUCUUAAUGCUUUUGAAGUUUAUUUUCCAUGUGCAGACCAUAUGAACUGGGUAGUGAAUAGUACAUUUUGAAACUAUUUACAUAUUACUUCAAACUUCAGAAGGAAAUAUGGUUUUCUAUGAUAUGGGCCCUUUAAGAAGGUACACUUUUUCCACAAAGCUGUCUUAAAAGCAGGUGAUGGGUGUAAGGAUCUUUUGUUUCAGCUUCUUUUCCCAACCUAAACCAACAUUUUAGCCCUCUAGCACUGGUUUCCAGUUUAAGGUUUCGGUCUAGCAUUGCCAUUACAUGCCCAAGAGCUCAGUGGUGUAGGACAUUGAGGAUUAUGUUUCAGUAUCAUGUAUAAUACAUACCGUCGGGCUUUGUAUAGAUGUCCUCUGUUCCUGGUCAGUUCCUCCUCAGCGUGUCUGGUCAUCCUAGACUGCCUGGGGAUUUAAAACAUAACAAUGUUUCCCACCAGGACUUUACCUAAACAGCUAUUUUUACAUCCUGAGUCUCUAAUGAACUGUGUAUUGAGAUUUUAAUAAAUAAAUUCAGCUUUUUAUCAGCGAGA